AUGUCUCUUGCUCAAAGAAACUACGUGAUCCAGCUCCCUAAAACACCAUCCUCUAUCGGUCCGCUAGAUCCCCGAGCUAUUGCUCAGCGAUGGAUCACCGAUCUAGAGGUUCUUCUCGCCACGGGGAACUAUUCCCAGCUAGGAAGAGUCUUCCAUGAGGACUCCUGGUGGAGGGAUAUGCUCGCGUUGGUCUGGGACUUUCGUACCAUCCAGGGAUGCGCGAAGAUCCAAGACUUCCUGGCUGCUAAUCAGCCUCGCGCGGGUCUUUCUGCUCUGCGUCUGCAGCAUGAGGGCAAAUUCCAGCCCAGGAUGGAAAGCCCCGCGGAGGGGCUGAACUGGAUAAACUCCAUUAUCUUCUUCGAGACUAGUGUUGGGCGUGGCUCCGGGGUCAUUCAUCUGACGCAGAACGACGCAGGAGAGUGGAAGGCAUAUGCGAUGUAUACAACUCUGCAAGAAUUGAAGGAAUUCGAGGAGCCAUUGGGCAUCAGAAGAGCAUACGGCACUAUUGAGACAAUGCCUGGUGGACUCAACCAGGGCAACUGGCUCGAGCGACGCCAGAGGACAAUUGAAUUCAAGGAAGAAGAGCCUACGACCCUCAUUGUUGGAGCUGGCCAGGCAGGUCUCAACAUGGGCGCUCGGCUCAAUUCUCUCGGGAUAUCGCAUCUCAUCGUCGACCGGAAUGAACAUAUCGGAGAUAAUUGGCGGAAGCGCUAUAGGACCCUCGUAACCCAUGACCCUGCAGAAUUCACCCAUAUGGCAUACCUUCCCUUCCCGAAGAAUUGGCCGCAAUUUACCCCCAAAGACAAACUAGCCGACUGGUUUGAGGCCUAUGCUAUGAUCAUGGAACUGAAUGUUUGGGUUCACACCUCCAUCAAAUCUGCCGACUACGACGAUGCCCAGAAGCAGUGGACUGUGGUGGUCGUCCGCGGCGAUGGGAGCGAACGUAUACUGCGCCCACGCCACCUGAUUUGGUGCACGGGGCACUCAGGAGAACCCUUGGUUCCCAGCUUCGAAAACCAGUCGCAGUUCAAGGGCACAGUAUACCACGGCAGCCAGCACACAGAUGCAUCCCACUACGACGUAGCAGGCAAAAAGGUCGUCGUGGUCGGCACGGGAAACAGCGGCCAUGAUAUCGCGCAGAACUAUUGCGAGAAUGGCGCGCAGGUAACUAUGCUGCAACGGCGCGGGACCUAUGUCAUUACUGUUGAGAAGGGUAUCUUCAUGAUGCAUGAGGGUCAACACGAAGAUCACGGACCUCCUACCGAAGAAGCCGACCUGCUGCAUGAAUGUCUUCCAUUCCCUGUUCAAUUUGCUCUGGGCGAGCAUUUCACCCGGCGCGUGGCGCACGCCGAGCAAGAUCUCCUCAGUGGCCUUGAAAAGGCUGGUUUCGCACUGGACUUUGGCGUCAACGGUGCUGGUCUUGGACGUGCAUAUAUGACUCGCGGCGGUGGAUACUACAUCGAUGUUGGCUGCAGCCCGCUCAUCGCCUCGGGAAAGAUCAAGGUUAAGCGUAGUCCAGAGGGAAUCUCUCAUUUUACGGAAUCCGGGCUUGUUUUGAAGGACGGGUCAGCCUUGUCCGCCGAUGUCGUGGUCCUCGCGACUGGCUACGACAAUAUGCGCACGACGGUACGGAAAGUACUAGGUGACCGUGUUGCGGACCGAUGUCGAGAUGUCUGGGAUUUAGACGAGGAGGGAGAAAUCAACGCAAUGUGGCGCCCCAGCGGACACCCCGGCUUCUGGUACAUGGGCGGAAAUCUUGCCUUGUGUCGGAUCUAUUCCAAGUUCCUGGCUCUGCAGAUCAAGGCUAUUGAAGCUGGCUUGGUGAGUGAUGAGCAGAUACAGGCGCAGGCUAAACUGUGA